GCGGAGAAGCCGCUCAGACACAAGGCGGAAGGAAAUAUGAAGCUGCGCGUGUCACAGAGGAGUCACACCCCCUUUCCCUGGCUGACCAUGCGCCGCUCACUCUGACACAGCGACACACACUCCGACACACUUCAAACGAGUUGGGCACGAGAACGCAGACAAACAGAAGAGCAGCGACAAACUGGCUUUUACGCAUUUGUUGGUUUUUUUACGCACCGGUUUCUGAAUGUGACGCAGUGAUAGUCAGCGACCACAACAACAGCAGCAGCAGCAGCAGCAACAACACGUUUGAGGUAGACUGGCUGCAGUGAUGUCCAGAUCCACAAAAUCUGCCUCUAGGUCCCGGAGCCGCUCUAGAUCCCGGUCAAGAUCCCGCUCCACCUCCCGCUCCAGAAGUCGCUCCAGGUCUCGUUCCAGGAAGCGCCGUUACAGCUCUAGGUCUCGGUCACGGUCAAGAUCACAUUCUCCAUCUUAUAACCGGGAGAAGAAAUACCCGAGAGGUUACCAGAACAACCGGGAGUUCCGAGGCUACCACCGCGGCUUCCGGAGGCCAUACAACUUCAGGGGCCGAGGGAGGGGCUUCUUUCCACGCGGACGCUACCAGCGUGGCGGUGGUGGGGGCUACAACAACAACAACAACAACUUCCGUCCCAACUGGAAGAAUUACAAGCAGUACCCACAAAAGCAACAACAACAGCAGCAGCAGCAGCAGCAGCAGCAAAACAAUUCGCGCAGGCAAUCAUACAACAACCUCCAAAAACGCUCAGGAAGUCCCCCCGGUGGUCCCUCGCACCACUCGGACAGAUCCUCCUCACCGUUAUCCAGGCAAUCUCGUCAUUCUUCUUCAUCCUCGCACUCGUCCUCUCCCAAAUGCAGGCCAGCCGUGUUUGUGGCUAAUCAGAAGUCCAAAGACGUGAAAGAUGACACCUCGGCCUUAAAGGACGCACAGAAGGAAGGAGGGAGCGAUGGGGAGCAAGCGGAUCUCGAUGCCAACGGAGACGCCAAAGACAGCACAGGCAACGGGAAAAGUGAGGGCAAGUGGCAGAGUCUGGAAAACUGCAGCAGCAGUCCAAAGAGACCCAGUUCUGCUCUUACUGUUGGUCAGAGCAGCCAAACUACAAACCAGUCUGGUCCCUCCCCUAAACACACAAACGACACCAACAAUGGUGCCCCCUCAUGGAAGGCGAUAUGUAGUUCACCCUCCCACAAAAAAGUCUCCCAUGAAAAUCUGAAUCCAAUGCUUCCCAGCUACGACUUCUUCUCCAGUGAAGAAUACCUGGAUGGAGAUAAAACGGCAAUCUCCAUCGCCUUCAGAAAGUUUCUGGAGGAGCAAAAUAAAAAAUGCACUAACUCCGAGGCCAAUGAUGUGGAUGUGGAGCAGAGGAAAGUAAAUGGCAAAGCAUCAGCACUUCACGCUGACUCAAUGUCCAAGAAGUACAAAGGGGACAUUGACAGAGAAAUGUCUCUGAAAAGCUUCUUGAAAACGUCUCCUUUCCUGCAUGUUGAAAGCGGAGACGAGGAGGAAAUGGUCAUCGUGCCUCAUUCUAAAUCACUUCACAAGGACUGGCACAAUGGAGGCGAGUCCUCUAAGCUAAACAGCAAGGUCACUUACUCAGCCAGUGAACUCUUUGAGGAAUGCUUCGGCAAAUGGAAGAAAGCGACGUAUUCUCAGGUCGCGAACAGUGACCUUGACGGCACGGCAGAGGAGACGUAUCGCGGCCGAAAGCCGGAGGAAUCAGCGGCUCUCGCUGCUGCCCUCGCAAAGAGGGAGUUGGCGGGAAAACUUGAAGGAAUGUCCUCGGACAUGAGUUGUAAAGCCAGGAAGAUGGCACAGUCUCCUCCAACACCACGGAGGAACUCUGACAGAGAGACGUUUAUGGUCAGGGGAACGGACUCGUCUCCCGUGUCCUCAAGACAAAAGGAACCAAAAGUUAAUGUCAGAAUGGACUUUCUUGCAGAUGGCUUAAUAAGCUCGUCUGACAUUUUAGCCGAGGAGCGACAGUUGUCUCAGGAUCUUGUGCAGUCCUCAAAAAAGGAUCAGGAGUUCCGCUCCAUCUUUCAACACGUUCAGGCUGCUCAGUUCCACAGGAGUCCGUCUGAGCUCUUUGCUCAUCACAUAGUCACCAUCCUGCACCACAUCAAAGCUCAGCACUUUCCAUCUUCUGGCAUGACUCUAAACCAGCGAUUCACCAUGUACCAACGACGAGCUGCCGAGAAGGAAAUGAUGAAGCCCAGAAAAAGCCCAGAGAUACACAGGAUAAUUGACGUUUCAACAAGUGCAUUUAAGAAACACUCGCAGCUUUUUGAGGCGGUGAAAUGCUCAGAGGAUGGCACUUACAAGGACGGCGGGGAAAAAAUAAAGGGUGACACGAUGGACCUCCGUUUGGAUAUUGAGCGCCGUAAAAAAUAUUCCACCCAUGAAAGUGAUCAUAAACAGGAUCAGGGACGAGAGUCCCCAAAUUCUAGCAGAGAGCGAUCGAUGGAAAAGUUCUCCAAAUGCCACAAAAGAUCAGAAAAAAGCAAUAAGAAGCGCUCUCGCUCAAGUUCAUCCUCGUCUUCCUCAUCAAGAACAUCCCAACAAGUAGAAGAUUUGACCGCAAACAAGUCUGAUGCCAAAGAUGAAGGCUUUAAUAAGACUCGACUGGGUCAGGGGGGAUCACCAGGGCCUGAAAGAGGAAGAACACUUGGAGGAUUUCAAGUACGAAUCCGUGGAAGGGGCUGGAACAGAGGCAACUGUCAGGGGAACAGUUCACACAUUAACCCCGUAAAAAUGGCAGAGCACCAAAAAAAAGGUGAAGGAUGGGAACCAGAGUACACGCCCAAGAGCAAACAGUACUAUUUGCACGACAACAGAGAAGGGGAGGCAGACCAUAAUAGAGGACGAGGGCGGGGAAGCGUCUCGCACGGAAGGGCACGUUUCAUCAUCCGCAAAGCCAUAGCAGGCUCCGCCACCAAUGGCCCCAGGUGGGCCCAUGACAAGUUCCAGGCCAAUGGGGAACAAGGUGGUUCACAGGAGGCCGAGAGAGCACAGGACCAUAACGAGGGGAAAACAGACGGAGACGAUCACUGAGCUGUGAAGGAGUCUGCUGAAAAUCUUAACUGUCUUUGUGUGUCGCUGCGGGAUCUUGCUCAGCAAAAUUAUCCAACUCAAUGGAUCAAUAAAUGUAGAAAAGAGAUGGUUUUUUUUGACUCCGCUUUUGCCAUUAAAGAUUUAAUUUCACAAUAGGAUCAUUACUUUACCUGGAUACAACCACUUCCUAGAGCUAGACUAAAUGUAUUUGAUGAAAACUCACAUUUCUUUAUAUGAAACAAAAGUUUUGCAUUGUAGCUCAAAUCGACUUAAGUCAUCUGUGACACGGAAGAAAUGUUUCCUGAGUAGAAUUUGAUAUAAAUGCUGCUUUAGUAAUAACUGGCAUCGGUAAUUGCAAGGAAAUCUAAGGAUGGGUCCACAAUGUAUGUGUGAGCAGAAUAACACUUGCUGAUUAGAGCAGCCACACUGUAGCCAUGUGAGACACUCCUCCAGUCACAGCUGUCACAAACACAUACACACCUGUACCCAUUUCAAAGUAAAAGCACGGUAGAAUUUCAGUUUCCUGAACCCGUUGAUACCAGGCGUUCAGUUGAGUACAGAUGCAUCUUCAGUUUAAACAGUCAUUUUAAAGUCAAACCUUAUAUGCUUCCUGUGUGAACAACAGAGGAGUGCAAGAUGCUGCAGAUGUAGCGUAGCAGCCGUCACACACUGUGGCGGCCCAGCCAAAAUGACUUCAAUGAACAAUGAAUGUGGAAAAAGAGCUAGCUUCAAUAGCAAUAAAUACACUGUAGUUCAUGCUGACAUAAAAGCAUCACUGUUUCACCAACUUAGUACGACCCCGAUCGGACGGUGGGACCAAACUGCGCGGGUCAUUGUUGUCAACCUCUGCAGUCAAACAUCCAGCAGGUCUAUAAAACCAGCUGCCAGCAAUGUAUACUUUAAUUUUUAGGCAAACCGCAUGCACAUUGAACAUGUUCAUGAAACACUGUCUUUACAGUCGUAUUGUGUCUAAUCGUUGGUACCACAUAAGAAUGUUGAUCUUCAUUUUCCCCGCUCCAGAGACAAUCAUUGUAGUUUUUGUACCUGACUAGAGAGCAUUGUGACUCGUGAGUGCGAAGGCGGUUCGUGUUGUCGUUAGUUGUAUGUCGUAUUGUUGAAAGAUUUUGUGAUCUGUGUUCUCUUCAACCAGUGAUGUUUCGUCAAACAUGUAACGUGUGUGCAGAAUUGUGCGAGCGUAGAUUGAGAAUAGGAUUGAUUGUGUGUAAAACAUUUUCUAUGCCUAGGAUUAAUGAUUGUUGAUUUGUGUUUGGCUCACCGCUGUUGCAGUUUGUGCCUUACUGUGGGUGUUUCGGUCUUAUUUGUACAAUACAGGCCCACAGGUUGAAAUUCAUGUUCAGCUGUGUAAAGGUUGCCUGCCUUGGGUUUUUCUUUUUUAUAGAGGUGUUGCUUCCAUCUUUUUUUUUUUUCUUAGAGACUGUAAAUUAAAGAUUUAUUUGAUGCUCA